AAAGGGAGAAUCCUAAAAAAAAUAUUGACAUAACACUUGACAGCAGAAAAUAUCACAACACGUGAGCUUGUGUCGGUAUUUUUUAAAGGUUAAUUACAAAUAACAAACAAGAAAAAUGAAAUUUAAAAAGGGCAAGAUCAACAAAAUCACUUUAUCCGAGAAAAUUGCCGAUGCCUUGACGUUGAAACCUCGUCCUGACAUCGAGGAGGACCAAGUGUUUGGGACUAAACCACAAACUGUUUCACGUGCUGAUUUUAGUUCUUCAGACAGUGGCGACGAGACUGCUAUCAGUGACUUUCGCAAGCGCAAUGUUCAUCUUUUGAGUGAAGUGAGUAAAAAGUACGACGGGCUUGUAAUAACCCGUAAACAACUCGAAAAAACCACGGAUGAAAGUACGAGUGAUGAUGACACUGAAGCAGAACAAAACAACAUUCAGAAUAACAAAGAUGCCCCUUCUGCAGAUAGUGAUGAUUCAGAAAUAAUCAAAAAGUUCAAACAAAUAACUGAUAUAAUCCAUUCACGUAGUUCUUCAGAGUCGGAAUUCCCAAAUUCUAUAAAAAAAGAUACAUCGAAAUCAAGAAGUAAUGAUAACAUACAGCCUCAUUUAGAAGAUGAUAACGACAGUGAUGGAGAGAGUGAUGAUUACAGUAUCACUCAGUUUAAAAAGCAGCUGGAAAAUGAUGAUUCUAGUAAAGAAGAAACUGAAGAAGAUGAAAGUGCGGAUGAUGAAAAUGAUGGUUAUGACAUCAGCCAACUUGAAGAACCUAUGAAGGAAGAUUUUGAGCAUGUCAAAAAGCAAAAUGUUUCUGAAGAAGCUAAAAAAGGAGUAUGCAUCAGAAAUCAACUGCUGUUAUGGGAAGGAUUGCUCGAAAUGAGAAUUCAUCUUCAAAGAUGUCUGAAUACAGCAAAUCAAAUGCCCAUGCCAGAUGUGCACAAUGAACUGAAAGGGAAUAGUGAAUUCAUGGAUGAAUGUAAUGCUACAAAGGCUAACAUAGCUACCACAUUAGACAAAUUCUUAUCUCUUCAAAGCAUAUUACUAAACAAGUUUCCUGAGACAAAUUCUUUAUCAUCAAAGCAGAAGCAACCAGAUAAGGAGUCUGUUAAAAAUAAUAGUGAUGAAGAAAUACCUAGCGAUAGUGAAAAUGAAGAGAUACCUUCUGAUACAGAAGAUGAAGCAGAGGAUAUAGUGAAAGAAGACAAACCUAAGAAGAAUGAGAAAGCACCAGUGGUAUCUAAGAAACGAAAAUUGGAUGACUAUGAGAAAGAAAUAUCUACAUCACAUAAAGUUUUCAAACCAUUCACAGACACAACUAUACAAAAAUGGAAUGAUAAGACUAGACUGGCAACUGCAACAAAUGUGAAAAAUACUCCAACAAACACAAUUUUGCAACAAAUAUCAUACAUUCUGUCAGACAAAGAGAAGUUAAUAAGGAGGACACAAUUGAAAAGGUCAGAAUAUGAUAUUGUUGGUCACAAUAAACCAGAAGCUACUGACAGUAUAGAACAGAACGGUAACUCAAAUCUUCUGAUUAAUGAUAGAAAAGACAAUGAUGAAUAUAUUCCGGAGAUAUUCGAUGACAGCGAUUUCUACCACCAACUCCUAAGGGAAUUGAUAGAAUGUAAAUCAGCGGACAUUUCAGAUCCAGUGCAAUUGAGUCGGCAAUGGAUAGCAUUGCAACAAAUGAGGAGUAAAAUGAAAAGGAAAGUUGACACUAAAGCCACAAAAGGUAGAAAGAUAAAGUAUGUAGUACAUAAUCAGUUAGUAAACUAUAUGGCUCCAGAGAAAUCUACAACUUGGAACGAAGAAAGUACCAAUGAAUUGUAUAGUUCUUUAUUUGGUAAAAUGUUUGAACAGAAUAAUGUAGGUGUAAAUGACAAUCUAAGCAAUGUAUUUAAAUUAAAUUAAACAAUAAUAAG